AUGGGUCAGCUUCAGUCUGAUGGCAUCUCUCCCCUAACCCUGCCCAGGUUUUGUCCCAGCAGCUUCUGUCUAGCCAGAGCCGGGGGCGGGAUGUCAAGCAUAGCGGCUGCUCUGGUAAUUGGCUGGGAAGGCAGGUCCAGGCCAGUUCUCCCACAGGCCCCUGCCUGGCCCCUGAACCAGUCCCACUGGUGUGGGGCACAGCCCGGUGGGCUCCGGGCAGGCAGCAGCUCUCUUCGGGAAGGCAGGCAGAGCCAGGCGCAGGCAGAGCCAGGCGCAGGCAGAGCCAGGCGCAGGCAGAGCCAGGCACAGGCCGCGGGCCAAGAGCUGCUCAACAGGCGCCCCAACUUCCUCUCCUCUCGCGCCGCCCUCUGCUGCCCGCCCUCCUCGGCCCGGCUCGGGGAUAUUUUCCACUCACUGGCGCGCAAGCUCCAUCCCGCUGUUUCCUCCUCUUUUGGGAGUUUAACUUUCCUGAGGACUCCCCCGGCCGCGCAGAAGAAAGCGGGAGGGAGUUCUCGGAGGGCAUGGCCAACAGAAGGCACUUCGGUGGAGCAGCGUCCCCACCCCAGCAGGCCCCACGCUCCCCUGUCUGAGCGCCACUCAGAGCCCAGCCACAAGGAGGCCAAAGCCACUCUGCCGCACCCGCGCCCGUCUGCCGUCCCUGGUCCCAGAGGCAAACGUUCAUCAGUGAUCUGCUCUUCCGCAGGGAGUACCGGGCCGGCCACUCUAGGGAAUAAGAUGACGAGACCGUGCCCUGUCUUCAGGUGCCCACCUGCCUGCUCUCUUUGCUAGUCUCACCAGGCACCAUCGGACCCUGUCACCACCUGCCUCCACCCCUGCAGCCAGUCCUCCAGCUGACCUCUCACCAUGGCAGCCCUGAUCGCCGAGAACUUCCGCUUCCUGUCGCUUUUCUUCAAGAGCAAGGACGUGAUGAUCUUCAACGGGCUGGUGGCCCUGGGCACAGUGGGCAGCCAGGAGCUGUUCUCUGUGGUGGCUUUCCACUGCCCCUGCUCCCCAGCCAGAAACUACCUGUACGGGCUGACGGCCAUCGGGGUGCCCGCCCUCGCCCUCUUCAUCAUCGGCGUCAUCCUCAACAACCACACCUGGAACCUGGUUACCGAGUGCCAGUACCGGAGGACCAAGAACUGUUCGGCGGCCCCCACCUUCCUCCUCCUGAGCUCCAUCCUGGGCCGCGCGGCCGUGGCCCCCAUCACCUGGUCCGUCAUCUCCCUGCUGCGCGGGGAGGCCUACGUGUGCGCCCUCAGCGAGUUCGUGGACCCCUCCUCACUCACAGCGGGGGGAGAGGGCUUCCCGCGGGACCACGCCUCGGAGAUCCUGGCCAGGUUCCCCUGCGGGGAGGGCCCCGCCAACCUGUCCGGCUUCCGGGAGGAGGUCAGUCGCAGGCUCAAGUACGAGUCCCAGCUCUUCGGGUGGCUGCUCAUAGGUGUGGUGGCCGUGCUGGUGUUCCUGACCAAGUGCCUCAAGCACUACUGCUCGCCGCUCAGCUACCGGCAGGAGGCCUACUGGACGCAGUACCGCAACAACGAGGAGCAGCUGUUCCAGCGCACCGCCGAGGUGCACUCCCGGGUGCUGGCCGCCAACAACGUGCGCCGCUUCUUCGGCUUCGUGGCCCUGGACCAGGACGACGAGGAGCUGACGGCCAAGUUCCCCGUGGAAGGCACGCAGCCGCGGCCGCAGUGGAAUGCCAUCACCGGCGUCUACCUGUACCGGGAGAACCAGGGCCUCCCCCUCUACAGCCGCCUGCACAAGUGGGCCCAGGGGUUGCCGGGCAACGGCACGGCCCCGGACAACGUGGAGAUGGCCCUGCUGGUCUCCUGAGGUUCCCGCUCCCACACUCUGCAAAUGACGACCCCACUGUCUGCUCACAUCGGCAUCAGAAGUUUUUUUUUUUCCUUUUACCCAUGGCUUUCUGGGAAAACAGACCAAGAGAAAGAACCAGAGUAAUGGGUACAGAGGAGAGAGCUAACACACAAGGUGGUCAGUGUGACAGGAAGGCUCUCCGACCUGAAGAAAUCCCCUCUCCUACUGCCCCCAGCCACCUGGCCAACAGCUUGGGAGGGAAGACGCGGACUCAGAACUGGUCCUUAGUUAUUAACUGUGCUGGGGAGGACCUUCUACUGAUGGGCUCCAAGGAGGAGAAGCCCUGGCCAGCACAGCGAGGGGACAGUGAAACCCGCCAGCAGGCUCGCUGUGUAGGAUAUUGUGCGGUUAAUUUGUGUCUAACUGCUUAUGGACACCCAGCUCCACGGUGCUCAGCUGGGAAGCUGCCCUUCGAUGCAUGCCACUGACUUUAUUUUAUAUAUUUACAUUUUUGAUAAAGCUUUUUUAAGUAUAAA